AAAAAAAAAGGAGCCGCGCGGCGCGAUCUACUUCCACAGAGGGCGAGCUCCGCCGGCGGCGGCGCGUACUAUCAUCAUCCUCCUCCAGCAGGCGGGGAGGAGGCAGGAUCGCAGGGAGGAACAACUCCGGGAGGCCAGCGCGGUUAGUUCAGCAUGGCCACGAGGCGCCAGCGCGAGGCCACCGCUCCUCGGCCGGCUGCGAACGCAGGUUCCAGGAACCAGACGACCGCCGCCGCCGCUCGUUCAGGACCCAGGAACCAGACGGCCGCCGCCGCCGCUCGUUCAGUUCCGAGGAGGAACCAGACUGCCGCCGCCGCCGCUCCUUCAGGUCCGAGGAAUCAGACUGCCGCCGCCGUCGCUCCUUCAGGUCCGAGGAAUCAGACGGCCGUCGGCACCGUGACCGGCCGACUGCACGCUAGGAAUCGGCGAGAGCUGGCCGACAUCGGCAACCACGUGAACGCCCCUGUCGUUGAUAGGGAGAGCAAUCGCCGCCGCCUCACCAGGAGCCUCAGCGCCCAGCCCAACGCCGCCGCGGCAGACGAGAAUACCAUAGCUCCUGCUCGUCCUGCAGCAGCAGUGGCAGAAGGUGCCAGAGCCAGCAGGGCUGUCUCAGGCAAGAACAAGAAGCUAUCAAGGGUUGCUGCCACAAGGGUUACAAGCACAAGGGCAGAGGCGAACACCAUAGUAGAUUGCCUCACGAACGCUCUGGCUGCAGCUGAAGCUGUAGCUACUAAGGCAGUACAAGGUAUGGAGAUGACCGUUUCACUGGUCCAGAGGUAUGAGAGGUUCGCCAAUCAUUUAGACAAGAGAUAUGAAGAAAUCGCUGGAAAUUACCAAAGGCUAGUUUCCGAGACUAACCAGCUUGAGAGUGAGAAAGCUCAGAAAGAAGCUCAAGUCCAACAGGUGACGAAGGAGAAUGUAAAGGUGAUGGAGGAGAAUGUGAGGCUGCGCGCAAUGCUUGACAAGAAGGAGGCACUACUCCAGGCCAUGAGUGAGCACUGCAAGUUCAUGGCGUUGAAUCACCACAACUAGCAGGCCAUGACCCUGAGGCCGCUUCACUUGCCCUAUUGAUGUAGCUUACAAACUAUAGUUACAUUGAAGGUUAAUCUGUGGGCCAGUGGGUUAAUUUUUUUGAUAAAUUUGUCAGGGAUGGCAAAAGUCUAAAUAUAGACUUUCAGAGGUGGGGUAACAAAUUUCAGCUCGUCUAGCUAUAUCGAAACUUCACAUUCUAAGAUGAGAAUUAAGGAUAAGCUUAUAUCCCCAAGCGAGGGUGACAAGCAAA